UGAAACAACCAUGUCAAAUGAUGCAACAGAUCAAAAACCGUUUCGCACUCCGACUGGAACGCCCUCGUCCUAUCGCUACCUGUACCGCACCGGCGAGCAGGUGACGAGCGGUGACGUGGUACUGUGCGACGGUACUCGCCAGUGUUCGGUCGUGGGAGGCAACGGAGGCACCAAGCACAACCCGCUCGUAUUGCUGCGCCCUUGCGACCUUCCCGUAACGACCAGGAUGAGUGCAGCCGUCAGUCGGCUCACGCGAGUGUCAGCUGGCGAGGGUCUCGACACGCUCGCCAAGCAGCUGAGCAAGAUGAAGCUUGAAGAACCUGAUCCUCUGUACAACAAGGUCUUCAAGCCGGUCGAGCAGUUGCUCAAGCCUCACACCGAGCUCGUGUCGCGCUUGGAGUGGAUUCCGGCCAAGGAUGACCAGCCGGCUCGAGUCUUGCUCGCCUUCAGCACUGAUGCAUCGCCGCCAUCUAUCAAGGAGGUCACCGACCAGCUUUCCGACUUCCCCGAGCUAGAGUUUACGAAGUCGGCGCCGGCUGGAGUCUUGGAGCUCCUUAGCGGAAAUACCGAUGAGACGAUGCAUCCGUAUGAAAGAACUGAUGGAACCGUAUCAAGAACUGGGAUCUGAGUGCUGGCGUCUCACUUGAUGCAGCCGUAACAAGCCGGUACUCCCGGCAGAAUGGACACGACACACCGUGCACAACCACUACCCUAGUGCAAUCCAUGCCCCUCCAUUUCCACGCGUCCGGAAUGCGAAAAGGCAGGAUUGCACUUCUCAGCUGGUGCAUUGAUGGUACAAUCAUAUCUAUUGGUCAUGCGUUGCGAACGAUCCGAGAGACAGUUGGAGACACUGCUGUGACCGUGUAUUGUUUGUGUCCGCCCUGCAAACAAACGGCACGGCAUCCAGAUCUCGCCGACACCGAGACCGCAUUGGCUGGCGUUCCAGGCUACUAUAUCAAUCCAUACGAAAACUGCUGGGUUGACGUCAGCUUCUCGAAGAUUGGAGAACGUCCGUUUACUGUGAACUCCAGUCCGAUUGCUUCCGAAGCCCAGCUCACUUGUGGCGCUCAGGGUCGGGUUAUUUGGCGCAAGAGCCCGAACCUGUCAUUUCCGGUCGAGUUUCAGCUUUGUGCUUAUCCGCUCAACCUGAAGAACCAGCGUUGUUUCGU